CCUCUGUCGAGUCACAAGCCACGGAAGAAAAAAAAGAAAAGGAAAACCAAAAAAGCAUCAUCAGGGGAGACUCUGGAAGACAACGACCUGGAAGACAUCGAGAGCUUGCUGGAGAAGAUUGAGGACACCAACGGGCUCUCACAGCAAACCCAGAGCGGGAUAAUCGCUGACAGCCGGCCUCUGCUCUACGUGGAGCACAGAAACUUGAAUCCAGAGAACGAGUUGAAGAGAUACUUUGGGGCUCGUGCUGUUCUUGGUGACCAGAGGCCGAGGCAGAGGCAGCGCCAGUACGUCCGCAGCACGUGGCUGACGUCUCCCAAGAACACCUGGCCACGCUACAGCAAAACAGGUAUUGCCAUGCAGCUGCUGGACACUAGGAGGGGAGUGCAGCACUUCACCUUCGAGCACCAUCGCGAGUACCAGCAAGUCCAGUUCAAGUUCCUGGAUGCCGUAGAAUCCAUGGACCCCAACAACAUUGUGCUGCUGCUUCAGAUGAACCCAUACCACGUGGACUCCCUUCUGCAGCUCAGUGACGUGUGCCGGAUGCAGGAGGAUCAGGAGAUGGCCCGUGAUCUCAUAGAGCGAGCGCUGUACAGCCUGGAAUGCACCUUCCACCCCGUCUUCAGCCUCACCAGCGGGACCUGCCGGCUGGACUACCGGCGGCCGGAGAACAGGGCUUUCUUCCUGGCUCUGUUCAAGCACCUGAUGUUCCUGGAGAAGAGAGGAUGUCCUCGGACAGCCCUGGAGUUCUGCAAGCUGAUUCUGAGCCUCGAUCCAGAGAACGACCCGCUCUGUGUCCUGCUUCUGAUCGAUUUUCUGUCCCUCCGAGCUCGAGAAUACACCUUCCUGACCCGCAUGUUCCAGGAGUGGGAGAGUCACCGGAAUUUGUCCCAGCUGCCCAAUUUUGCCUUCUCGGUGCCACUGGCCUAUUUCUUCCUGAGCCAACAGGAGGAGAGAUCAGAGUCUGAGCGAAGCCAAGCCCGGGAGAGAGCUGCCCGGCUCAUCCAGCUCGCCUUGAUCAUGUUCCCAAGCGUUCUUACGCCGCUGUUGGAUCACUGCAGUGUCCAGCCCGAUGCCAGGGUCGCGUCCCAUUCCUUUUUUGGGCUGAAUGCUCAGAUAAG